UCGCUCUUUCUUCUUUUCCUUUUGAGCUUCUCUGUCAAUCCUUUGCGGCCCAUAUCUCUUCCUAACAAUGGCGGUUUCUCUCUCUCCACUCUCUCUCUUCCCCCCUCUUCUUCGUCCAGUGAGAAACCCAACUGCGCCUUUCCUGUCAAACUCAACUAUGCCUUCUUACAACCAGCAUUGAUCCCAUCUCCCUUUCUCAAUGGUGGUGAGAGCCUUUGGAACAAAAACCCAACUCUUUCUCUCUCUUGCAAAAGCAAGAACCCUCUGAUAUAUUGCCCCAUAACUGCUGAUUACUAUUCGACUCUUGGAGUCGCCAGGUCUGCAACUAGCAAAGAGAUUAAGAGCGCUUAUCGUAGGUUAGCACGCCAGUAUCAUCCCGAUGUUAACAAGCAGCCUGGAGCCACUGAAAAAUUCAAGGAGAUAAGCACCGCAUAUGAGGUGUUAUCUGAUGACAAGAAGAGGGCAAUGUAUGAUCAGUAUGGUGAAGCUGGAGUUAAGAGUGCAGUAGGGGGAGGAGCUGGAGCUUAUACGACUAAUCCUUUUGACCUAUUUGAGACUUUCUUUGGUGCAAGCAUGGGUGGAUUUUCUGGUAUGGAUCAAAGUGCAUUCAGAACACGGCGACGCAGCGGUGUUGUUCGGGGUGAUGAUUUACGCUAUGACAUGAUCUUGGAAUUUUCUGAGGCUAUUUUUGGUGCCGAAAAAGAGUUUGAGCUCUUCCAUUUGGAAACAUGUGAUAUAUGCUCUGGCACUGGAUCAAAGAUUGGUUCCAAGAUGAGAAUAUGCUCAACUUGUGGUGGGAGGGGUCAAGUGAUGCGUACCGAAGAAACACCUUUCGGUCUGUUUUCCCAGGUUUCUGUUUGUCCUAAUUGUGGAGGAGAGGGUGAAAUCAUAUCCGAGUAUUGUCGGAAAUGUGCUGGUGAGGGGCGUAUCAGAAAUAAGAAAUAUAUUAAAGUUAAAGUCCCUCCUGGAGUGAAUAAAGGAAGUACGCUUCGUGUGAGAGGCGAGGGUGAUGCUGGACCAAAAGGGGGCCCUCCUGGGGAUCUUUAUGUAUACCUUGAUGUCAAGGAGGUUGAUGGGAUUCAGAGAGAUGGCAUAAAUCUCCGUUCUACUAUUCCUUUAAACUAUAUUGAUGUUAUCUUAGGAACAGUCGUGAAGGUAAAGACAGUCAAUGGUAUUGCUGAAGUUCAGAUUCCACCUGGUACCCAACCUGGUGAUGUAGUUGUAUUAGCAAAGCGAGGUGCACCUAAGCUUAACAAGCCAUCAAUACGUGGUGAUCAUUUGUUUACCAUUGACGUCAUCAUACCAAAUCGUAUCAGUAGCAGAGAACGGGAACUGCUUGAAGAGCUUGCCCUUCUGAAGGAUUCUACUGGCAAUCGUGCAAGGUUUCGUACCAGUAAUAAACCUAAAAGUGAAAUCAAAGAUCGUCAGAUGGACCCAUAUAGUACGAUUUCAAAGAGAUCUGAAGAACCAAAUGACUUUUGGCAGAAGUUGAAAGAUCUGGCUGGGUCACUCGCUAAUGGAGCUUUGAAAUGGCUAAAGAAGAACCUUUAAUUUCCUCUCAAGAUCUCAUUCAUUCCUCCACUCCAUGCACAAUGGAGGCCAUAAUUUUUUUCCGAGAUGGCUGAAUUCCAUGUAAUGAAUGAUCCAUAUUCCUUAUGAGCCUUGCCGGGCUACUUUGGAGGUGCAUUCAAAAGUUGGAGGCUUAUUUCUCUCAUCGUCACUCUUUUCUGUGGUUGUAGAGUUGUUGAUAUUUGUUUUGCAUUAUCUCCAUAAUUGUUUUAGCAUUUAUAUGUAAAAGCUUUGUGCUAUCAUGCUGGUCGUCAAAUAAUGGUAAAAUGGUUAAGCAAGCUUGCCAUGGAAAUAUGAUUCUGUUGUAAUUCUUUGAAGCAUAUUGCUCUCGGGUCUUCCUUGACCCUGGUGCACAAAUACUCGAAAAAAAUAAUGCUUUGAAGUGGAGGAAGUGAUGCAUCUUCAAUCGCAUCAAGUCCAAUUCUACAUAUUCUUUUCGAAUC